UCAGGCCGCCGGUCCCUGCAUGGCAACAGGCGCAAGGGGUUCCCCCGUACGUCGCCUCUCUGUCUUCCCUUACCAAAUAUCUGUUAGUGUUUAAAAAACGCUCGGUGUGUCUGCUUCUCCCCGGCGCGCCCUGCAGCGGCAGCAUGUCCUGGAAUAUAGUAUAACGCGGAGCAGAAACUUUAAACCCGGGAUCUUGAACCCAGUUCAGCGAAGAUCCGCCGAGAGGACUCCGCAUACCGAUUCUCAUUGAUGAGGCAGCCUGCAAAUGACGUCGAGAUGGCUUUAGGAGGUAUUCUCCCUUCAAUUUCCACGUUCGCCAGCCACCCCACUCUCAAGAGCAAAUCUAUAGGAAGUGGCAAUUUGAGAUGGAAGGAGGAGUUGUCCCAUCUUAAGAAACCCAGUGUGCCAACCGGAAGCAGCCGCUCGGACCCAGAUCGUCCCACUGCCACCAGCACAACGAGCCCCAGCAUGUCCUUGAAAGAAGAACCUGACCUGGACUUGGACUACGACUUUAUUCUUUCUAACUCUAUCCUACAGCAGCAGCAACAACAACAGCAACAACAACAGCAGCAGCAGGAGGAGGCAUGCAGCUCUGCCCAGACUCUGUCUCCUUCCCCCAGCUCUUUCUCCUCAUCCUACCCUCUCCCCUCCCCUCAGGACACUUCCAGUGACCUCCUUUACACCAUCCCAGACAUCAGCGACGUCUCGCCCUCUGGAGGCUUUGUGGCAGAGCUCAUGAGACCCGAGUUGGACCCGGCAUACCUCCACCCCACCAGCCUACAUGGCAAAUUUGUGGUAAAGACAACAAUGGACAUGGGGGAAUACAGCCAAGGCUUGAAUGUAAGCAAAGCCUGCGUGGCUGCGGUGUCAGACCCCACUCCUCCUCGUGUCUCGCCUUCCUUUGCAUGCCACAGGAUAAAGCAGGAGAACCUCAGUAACUGCACCAUCUCGCAGCCCAUCGACCUACACAUGGGCCGGGGGGGCCAGCAGCAGCGCCCCUGCCAGCUGGAGCUGCAUGACUUCCCAGGCGGGGGGAGAUCCAUGACAGGCGGCAGGUUAUCCUCGUCCUCGUCCCUCUCACCGGACCAUCCUCUCAGCCGGGAGCACCAGAUCCUGGGACACCCCCACGCUCAGAUCCCCCCCCAGGGAUACCACCACAGCUCCCCGCAGGGCUACACCUCCUUCCCUCAGCCCUCCUCCCUGCAGUACCAAGAUCCCCUCAUGAUCUCCAGCGGGGACUUACCGGAGGAACCAAAGCCCAAACGCGGCAGGCGCUCCUGGCCGAGGAAGAGAGUCGCCUCACACACUUGUGACUAUGUUGGCUGUGGGAAAACGUACACUAAGAGCUCCCACCUCAAAGCACACCACCGCACACACACAGGGGAGAAGCCUUACCACUGCGACUGGGAGGGCUGCGGCUGGAAGUUUGCACGUUCAGACGAGCUCACACGUCACUACAGGAAACACACGGGCCACCGGCCGUUUCAAUGUCAGAAAUGUGACCGGGCCUUCUCAAGGUCAGACCACCUCGCUCUACAUAUGAAGAGACACUUAUGAGACUUGGCGAUGUAUGAAGGCUCCAAUGAAAAACACAAAUAUGUUAGAAACAACCCCUGACUUUACCAGUUUUACCAAAAACAUAAUUUGCCUUCAAGCCGUUGUCAAGCAACCUGACAAGCUGUGGUGUUCACAGCAUAAACAGAGGGUGUGCAGUUGACUUGAAAAGAGCUUUUUGUCAGGGUUGUAAACUUUUAUGAAAGGGACCAAACUGGAAUUUGUCUUAUUUAACCGACAAAACUUGGAGGACCAGGUGCCAACAGCUUUUUAACUGGAAGUGUAUUUCUGUCAGGGAAACCAGGAGCAACAGACAAACAUCUCCAGAGGCCUUACACCAGCAGCAUGCCAAUAUAGGCUCUUAUCAACUACACACUGUUCCAAAUACUGUAUUAAUAAAGACAUCUAUAUUUAUAUACACAUUUCACCUGCAAUUCCAUAGAUUUCAGGUACAAUGUUAAUUUAUAGAGAAGGGUGCUCAGUGACUCUGAAGAAAGUUGUUUUUAUUAAAGAAAGGUACCAAAGACUAAGGAAAAUAUAGAAAAAGGGUGAACACUAUGAAAAGUGCCAUAUGGUUGUUUGUGUGCUUCUCAGAAACCUCUCCUCCACAAUCUGACUUAAAUCAGGUGAACACUUCACUUAUAUGGUGAUGGCAAUCUUCAAUGCACUGCAGUUGCGAAGUGCAAUAAUUUAUGUGAGACAUUCAUAUUUUUGUAUUGAAUGAGUAACUCUGAACAAAACGAUUUUUGUUUAUAGCCAAAAUAUGUAAUAUAAUCUUGCAUUUUGUACAUUUGUAAAUAAAAAUGCUUUGUUAAUGUUUUGUA